AGAAGAGGUGUCGACUUCUGGCUCAUUUUUUCAGCUACCGCCAUGUCGGUGUUUCUGAGUGCCCUCGAUACGUCGUGUGUUCCGACGGCGCUGCCGAGCAUCGUGGCUGAUCUGGAUGGGGAGGCUUCCUUCUCUUGGGUGGGCAGUGCUUAUACGCUCGCUUCCUCCGCCUGGCUUCCACUGUCUGGCGCCCUUGCCGGGGCAUUUGGUCGACAACCGAUUGUACUGCUGGCGCUUGGCCUGUUUUUCUCUGGGUCCAUCUUAUGUGGAGAGGCAAUCAACAUGAAUAUGCUGAUUGCCGGAAGGACUGUACAAGGCAUGGGGGGUGGCGGGAUUCUCGCGAUGACCGAAAUCAUUAUUGCCGACCUCGUCCCACUGAAGGAGCGUGGAAUGUUCAUGGGAAUAAUGUCCCUUGUUUGGGCGCUUGCUGCUGUGAUGGGUCCUCCAUUCGGUGGUGCCUUAUCCCAGAACAAUUCUUGGAGGUGGAUAUUCCGUAUCAACUUGCCUCUCACGUUCUUUACAUUCUGCCUGGUCUUUGCUUUCUUGAAGCUCAAGAUUCCCAGUGGCAGCAUCACUGAGAAACUUAAGCGACUUGAUUGGAUAGGCAACGCGUUGAUCGCCGCAGCCACGUGUGCGAUCACUGUGGCCCUGACCCGAGGAGGCGUGGAUGUGUCUUGGAGCUCCGCCGCGACGCUUGUCCCCCUUAUUCUUGGUCUUCUAGGCGCCAUCGCAUUCUUUGUCUACGAGGCAAACUGGGUCACCACACCAACCGUUCCCUUCGAUCUCCUUACCAACCGUACCUCUGUUGCAGGAUUUCUUACGACCUUCUUCCAUUCCGUCAUCUCGACUGCAGUUAUCUUCUACAUGCCUGUCUUUUUCCAGGCAUGCAUAGGAGUAUCUCCAAUCCAAGCUGGUGUCAACAUGUUCAGUUUCAGUUUUUCAAUCGCACCAUUCGCACUCGUGGGCGGUGUUUCUGCCGUUCUCACAAAACGCUAUGUCCCACAAAACUGGAUUGGUUGGGCCAUUAUCACCAUCGGGACCGGUUGUCUAAGUCUCCUCCGGGCCGACACUCCGACUGCAGAAUGGGCCGGCUUCCAGGUCCUUGCGGGUGUGGGUAUUGGUAUCGUCUGGACCACGGUCAAGUUCCCGAUUCUUGCACCGCUACCCGUAUCACGCAAUGCCAGCGCCAUGGCCUUGUUCACGUUUUCACGCAUUCUGGCUCAGACGUUUGGAAUCACAAUCGGAGGUGCCGUGCUCCAGAACGGGCUCAAGAUGCGCCUCCCUGCUGCCUUCCUGGCACUCCUACCGGGGAAUGUGGAUGUAUCCUUCGCGGCUAUCCCUUUCAUACCCACUUUACCGGCGCCCGUUCGGGUACAAGUUCAACAGGCAUUUGCAGAGAGCCUCAGCAUCGUCUGGAAAGUUUUACUGACCUUCUGUGUCGUCGGUCUGCUGACUGCGCUCCUCAUGAAGGAAAUUGAGUUACAUGAGGAAACAGACGAGAAUUGGGAUUUGUCAGAAGCUCAAGUCAUGGUUGAGAUGGAGCCAGUGACAGGAUUGAGGUCACGUCGUAACCGAGCCCAGGAAACAACAGCGGAGCAGGGAACAUCGUCAUCUCCAGCUUGAACGAUUCUCAUAUAGUGUCAUGUAUGUCACCAUUAUGAAUUGU